AUGGGUUUCCGUCUCCGUUAUCUCUCUCUAGCCUCUCAACCUUACCUGAACACUAGAAUACCUGUUUUUCCUGCGUACAAUUUAAAUUUAUCUCUUAAGACGCGUAAAUACUCGACAACACAUAAGGAUUUAUUGGCGGCACUUGACUUGGGAGAAGAGAACUAUGGAGUCUAUAACGGAUCUUGGGGUGGCAGCGGAGAAGUUGUGGAAUCAAUUAGCCCGAUCGAUGGAACAGUGUUAGGAAGAGUUAGAGUGGGUACAACCAAGGAUUUAGCAGAAACAAUGGAAAAAGUUGAAGAAGCGAAACACGUUUGGUCCCAGCUCCCGGCUCCUCAAAGAGGUGAAAUAGUCCGUCAAAUGCGUGAUGCGCUAUUCGCCAAACGCGAAGAUUUGGGUAAACUCGUUUCGUUGGAAAUGGGUAAAAUAUUGCCAGAGGGUAGCGGAGAGGUGCAGGAAUACAUUGACAUGACGGACUAUGCUGUUGGUUUGAGUCGGAUGUUUAGCGGAAAGAUAUUACCUAGUGAGAGACCAGGUCACUUUAUGGCCGAGCAAUGGAACCCGCUUGGUAUUGUGGGCGUAAUAACUGCUUUCAACUUUCCAGUAGCCGUCUAUGGCUGGAACUCGGCCAUUUCGCUCGUUUGUGGCAAUCCGGUAAUAUGGAAAGGCUCACCGACCACCAACCUUACAUCUGUUGCCGUGACUAAGCUACUCUCUAGUGUUCUCUCCCGCAAUGCCCUCCCCGGUUCCAUCUGCUCCCUCGUUUGCGGUGGUGCUGAUGUCGGUGAGGCUAUCGCUGAAGAUAGUCGUGUCAAUCUUGUUAGCUUUACUGGAAGUACUGCAGUUGGGCGGCGUGUGGGACAGAUAGUGCAGGAAAGAUUUGGAAAGUGUUUGCUGGAGUUGGGGGGUAAUAAUGCCAUUAUUGUAAUGGAUGAUGCGGAUCAGGUGUUAGCUUUGAGAAGCGUACUUUUCGCUGCUGUUGGUACCGCUGGCCAGAGGUGUACUACUACUAGAAGGCUGUUUUUACACGAAGCGAUUUAUGACGAAUUUCUUGAGAAACUGGUCAAGGCGUAUACGCAGGUCAAGAUAGGUAAUCCGCUUGAGGCAGGAGUUUUAUGUGGACCAUUACAUACAAAGGCUGCUGUGAAUGCUUAUAGGAAAGGAAUAAAAGAUGUCUUGGACCAGAAUGGAGAGAUUAUCUUUGGUGGACAAGUUUUAGACGAUCUAAAGGGUAAUUAUGUCGUACCCACUUUGACGCGUAUAUCUCAUGAUGCGCCAGUAGUGCAGAAUGAGAUAUUUGUGCCCAUUCUUCAUGUAUUCAAAUUUACGGAACUCGAUGAUGCUAUAGCUAUGAAUAACUCGGUUAAGCAAGGCUUGAGUAGUAGCUUAUUUACGACUAAACCGGAAAAUAUAUUCAAGUGGAUUGGUCCAGCGGGUGCUGAUUCAGGCAUAGUCAACAUAAAUGUCCCAACGAAUGGCGCCGAAAUAGGCGGUGCCUUUGGAGGAGAAAAAGAAACAGGUGGAGGCCGUGAGGCUGGUUCGGAUAGUUGGAAGCAGUAUAUGCGACGAGCUACUUGUACUAUAAACUAUUCUGGAAUCUUGCCAUUGGCUCAAGGAAUUAAGUUUGAAUAA